GAUUGUGCAGGUUGCCGCGACCAGGCGGAGCGGGACGGGAUUUGUCCCCCCUCCUCUUCUCCUCCCCAUCUUUGCCCAUUUGCUGGCUGUGAGCGGGGCUGGCUGCCUCUCCAGCUGCCUCCCUUUCGGUCGCCUUUGUUUUUCCCCGGAUUCUUCUCUUGUGCAACAGGGGGGCGAGGCUGCCCUCUUCUUCUCCUCCUCCCCGGCAUUUCAGCCCCGACGGAACCCAUGAAGUCGCUGCGGGUCCGCAGGGCAUCGCCACCCUCGUGGGGUUCGGGGACCCCCGGGCUCCUCGCCCCACACUGAGCAGCCCGUGGCCGCGUCCCGGGACGCCCCAUGGCACCGCCGCGAUGUUGGCGUCCGGAGCCCUGGAUUUCCAGAAGACGCGCUACGCCAGGUUCAUGAACCACCGUGUCCCCUCCAACCGCAGGUACCAGCCCACGGAUUACGAGCAUGCGGCCAACUGUGCCACACACGCGUUCUGGAUCCUGCCCAGCAUCCUCGGCAGCUCCAUCCUCUACAUCCUCUCCGAUGACCGGUGGGAGACCAUCUCAGCCUGGAUCUAUGGCUUUGGCUUGUCCAGCCUCUUCAUCGUCUCCACCAUCUUCCACACCAUCUCCUGGAAGAAGAGGCAUCUCAGGACCGUGGAGCACUGCUUGCACAUGUUCGACAGGAUGGUGAUCUACUUCUUCAUUGCAGCAUCGUAUGCUCCAUGGCUGAACCUAAGGGAGCUGGGGCCCUGGGCCUCCCACAUGCGCUGGAUCAUCUGGAUCAUGGCAUCUGUCGGCACCGUCUAUGUGUUCUUCUUCCACGAGAGGUACAAGCUGGUGGAGCUGGUGUGCUACGUGAUCAUGGGCUUCUUCCCCGCCUUGGUCAUCCUCUCCAUGCCCAACAGGGAUGGCCUCCCAGAGCUGGUGGCCGGCGGGAUUUUCUACUGCCUGGGCAUGAUCUUCUUCAAAAGUGAUGGCCGCAUCCCCUUCGCCCACGCCAUCUGGCACCUCUUUGUGGCCAUUGGAGCUGGCAUCCAUUACUAUGCCAUUUGGAGGUACCUCUACCGGCCCGAUGCACUGGAGGCCAAAACGUCCCGAUAGACGCCUUAAGGACACUUCACAUCAAUGGGGACAUGGAAGGGGAGCAGGGAGGGGAGCCUGGGCCAUGGGCUCACCCCGAAGCCACCUGCUGCCCCCUGCAUGUUUUUGAUUUUAAACAGAAUUUUCUUUUUUAACCUUGAGAACUGUUUAUUUUUUUAGGCGAUGUUUUCAUAACACGGUGACCACCUGAAGGGCUGCAGGCAAUAGGGGAGCUUCGCUCACCCUGCUAACCCCAAGCAUCCCACUGGGGCCGUGUCCCCACACUUCCUUGGCUGGUGACACCCUGGGGACCUGCAGCAAGCUCACAGCCGUCCCAGCCUGCGGAGGCAGAUUGGAGCCCCCUAAAAAAAGCCUGAGUGGAACGCUCAUUGGCACACCUGCUUGGUCCAUAAAUGGUCAGAAAUCAUUUCAGCAUCAGCCUUCCCCUCCCAUGCUCUUGACAGGAAGGUUCUGAAUCAACAAAGCCUUAUUUGCCAUUGAAACUUGAAUCUCUUCCAGCGUUCCCCAGACUCCAAAGCACCAGAAAACCCUUUCUCCAAACCAGUAUUAAGCACACAUCUCGGUGUGUUCCUCCUGGCUAGGCCCUCAGAGCCCUCCCGGCUGUUUUCUCCUGGGAUCUCUUGGUUUCCUUGCUGCUCUCAGUGUCUCCUGGCUGCAUCUGGGCUGUCCUGACCCUGGAGCUUGAAGUGCUCAGGCUCAGCCUUGGUUCCAUUAUGCCAGGAGAGGGCCCUCGUAGUGGCUCCACACAGCCGUGCCAUUUUGCAGCAAAUUACCAAAGAGAAGUUUCCCAGAUGCUCUUCCCCUCCUGACAUGGUGGCUGUGGUCUUCAUGUGGGCAAAAAAAAAACACCCUUUACCAUAGGCAGAGGGUUCCAAGAAGGAGCUGUGCCCUGCGUCCCAGCCUGGCACAGGGCUGCUGUAGCUCUGCCCUUGGUGUCCCAGGGCAGCCUUCAGCUCUCAGGGUGACAAGAGGUCUUGGGGACAGGAGGUGAUGGACCUGGUGAGGUCUCUGUCAUCACUUCUCCCAAGUCCCCAGGAUGCAGCCCUUGCUCUUUUGCCCAACACUUCUCAGCCUUGUGGGAGGGAGAAGAAGGAAGAACUGAGCACUGAGUGAUGGGCAGUUUGUGGGGUGAAUUUGGGGUCAGAAUAGAAGGUCCAAGACUGUGAGCUGCUGUUUUUGCUAUCUGGCAAAUAAUUACUCCGUGCCUCAGUUUCCCCAGCUGUAAAUUGGGGGUGCAGACAGUGACCAACCUCACAGGGCUCAGUUUGGGCUCCGUGGAGCACCUGGAGGAUGGCUGGUCAUUCACAGACAGCGUGCUCCAUCUGUCACUGAGUUUGUCACCAGUGGCACAUGGUGGCACUGGGUUGAGUGCACCCAGCUCUCCUCCCACAGCGAAGCACACCAAGGAUCAGCCCCAUUGCAACAUCCCCCGGCAGAGGCUGCCUGGGGGGUUUUGUCCCUGGGCUUUGUCCCACACCAUUAAUCUCAGAAGCGUGCUGGGGACGUGCAGCCCAGAAGGACCUUUCUGAGGCCACCACAGAGCACAUUGAGGACAUUACCACUUGCCUAUCCCCACGCUGAGCCUCUCCUUUAUGUGCCCUUUCCUUGUACAGCGGGGCAGGAUGCACAACAUGCUAUCUGUUCGUCAGCCUAUUUUGUACUAAUUUUAAACAAUUCAUAACGUCUGUGAAGGAGCUCCCUUUUUAGCAUCUUGUAUUUUUCACCAUCCGUUCUUGGUCAAGCAGUAUUUUAUAUUUAACACAGUACUGGAUCAAAUUAAAAGCAAGCCUAAGGAAGAUAACACUAGCAAAUGUUGUUUCCUGUGGAGUAGGGUUGAAAUAAAAACUCAAGA